CGGUCCUAGUCUUCGUAUUCUCUGGGUAGAGGAUAUGUUGGAUCGAGUAGAUCGAAGUCGUCGGGUAAAAAAGGAGCCCUGGAUGUUCUUGGUGAGGAUCUUGGUCGUAUUAACGGCUUUACUCCUAACAGCCUUAGGUUCUGAAAUUCAAGUCCAGUAUCCCCCAUGUCAGUUUAACCCUUUGUGUACAUGUUCCAAAUCAGGACCAAACUUGGGGCUUGUCAGCUGUCACAGUGUCCCCAUGACCACUCUACCGGCCAAUCUGAACCAAUCUAUAAUUUUCCACCUAAGUUUCACAGACAAUGGACUACGAUCACUCCCAGACUUCAGUCUGCAAGGUACUGGCAUGUGGAAGCUUAAAGUGAGUAAGAACCUUAUUACUAGUCUCUCCGUCAAUGCUUUAGCAGGUCUGGAGCGAACACUUUGGGAGCUAGACUUAAGCCACAAUAAGAUAGUGAUUGUACCCAGCAAGGCUAUCAGACAUAUGCAGAAGCUGAGAUCUCUGGAUCUAUCAAACAACCAGCUCAUGGACAUAAUCCCAGGAGAUUUUGAUGGUUUGGAAAAUACUCUCAAAAUUCUGCGACUCAGUAAAAACUCUAUUUCUAACUUACAACCAGACAGCUUUAAAGGACUAACUCAGUUGGAGGUAUUAGAUCUAAGUAGCAAUAUUAUUUCUAAGCUGCAUGAGUCGACUUUUCAAAGUGAUCUACCUCGCCUUAGAUAUAUUAACCUGGAAAAUAACAUUCUCUCUGAUAUUCCCUACCUCGCUCUUAAAAGGUUAAAAGCUUUAGAGAUAGUUAACCUCAACAGUAAUAAAAUAUAUUCAAUCUUUACCCCUGCCUUUACAGAAAAGCUUUCUCUAGAUGAAAUCCACUUGGAAGACAACGAAAUGCUAACACUUCAACCAUCAUCCUUCAAGAACUUUGACAUUUUAAAUAAAACAUUCUUAAGCUUUAACCCCAUCGAAACAGUUAACAGCGAAGCAUUCAAGGAUGUUAAGCUAAGAGAAAUUUACUUACGAAACUGUAAAGCUUACUACAUUUCACCAAAUGCUUUCUCAGGACUAGAAAAACAUCUCCAGGUUCUGGAUUUAGGAUUCAAUAACUUGUCAAACUUCCCUAAACUGGCAUUAGAAGAACUGGAAGUCUUGCGAUCUCUGUCAUUAAGAGAAAACAAAAUCUCUACCAUUCCUAAAAAUGUGUUUCAAAAAAUGCGUUUUACGCUUCAACAGCUGGACUUAACUGGCCAAGAUAUGGCCUACAUUUCAACUACAGAUAUCGGAGAUCUGCAGCACUUGAGAGUACUACAAGUCAAAAGUCUAAAAACCAACACCCUCUCAGAAAAUGAUCUUGAAAUGAUAGGCCCAGGUCUUGAAAAACUUAAUCUCGCUUUUAAUUCUAUUGAAUUUAUUGAACAAGGGGCAUUUUCUUCCACUCCUAGUCUUAAAGAAAUCAAUCUAUCCCACAAUAAUCUUAAACACAUGGAAGCUAAAAUGUUUGAUCCCUUUAGUCACUCUUUAGAAGUUUUGGACCUCCAUCAGGCUUUAGCUAUUCCAAGAUUGCCGCCUGCUUUGUUUCAUGCACUUCACAGUCUACAAGAGAUUGAACUAAGCAGCAAUUACAUCACCUCACUAUCCACUGAAACAUUUAGAGACAUGUACGAACUGGAAAAAAUCAACUUAAACUUUAAUAAGAUUACUCAAAUCAAAUCCGGUCUGUUCAAGAACCAAGAUAUACCUAAUAUUGUACGAAUUGAUCUUGCAUUUAAUCAAAUUGUUGAGAUUAAAACCCACGCCUUCGAAGGCCUGAAAACUCUACAGUCACUAAAACUACACGACAAUCUGGUCACUACGAUUAAGAAACGUGGAUUUGCAAAUUUAAACUCAUUAAUCCAUUUAAGCCUUGAAGGAAACAGGAUAUCUCAUAUUCAAUCAGAAUCUUUCCAAAAUUUACCAAGUCUGCAAAUCUUGGACUUAUCCCACAACAAACUUAAAAACAUACAACUGGACAGUUUUGACCAGAUUGGCACUCUGUCUACUUUGAAAGUCAAUAUCAGUUACAAUGAACUUGAAGAGCUGGUGCCUAAUAAUGAUACCUUAGGGUCGUUUGCUAACAUUAAGGUUUUAGACUUUAGUCACAAUAAUAUAAGUGAUAUUCAGCCAGAGUACUUUGACUCUGUAAGAAAUUCCCUCACUCAUCUAUUUUUAAACAACAAUAACUUGUUUAACAUAACAUCGUCCAUGUUUUCUAUAAUACACCAUCUUCUUGUCAUAAGACUUAAUAAUAAUAAUAUUGGCUUGGUCCAAGCUGGAGCUUUCCAAGAAGUAUCUAAUCUUCAAAUCCUAGAUCUGUCCAACAACAAAAUCAUUGAUGUGCCAUCCGACAUGUUAGAAGAAACUACGAAGCUUCGAGUCCUAGAUGUCUCCAAUAAUAUUCUACGAAAUCUUCCUGAUGAUCUUCUGAAAGGUACACGGGUAGAAAUUCUAAAACUGGCCAACAACAAAUUAUCAAAUUUUCCCGACAACGGACUUAUUCCAGUCAACCAGACACUUCAAUACUUAGAUCUCUCCGUGAAUAACAUAAGAUUCUUAAACAGUGACGACGUGAAAUUCUUCAGCAAUCUUCUGUUUCUAGACCUUUCACGAAACCUCCUCAAAGAACUGGCGGGAGAAACUCUGGCUCAUCUUAAUAAACUUCUGGAGCUACAUCUCUCCCAUAACUCCUUCCAGUUGAUAAACGAUAGAAUGUUCCAUCACCUGUUUCAUUCAUUGAAAACACUGAACCUAGCUGGCACAGGCUUGAACGUUGUCCCACAACUAGAUCUGCCAAAUCUUCUUCACCUAAAUCUUUCAUACAAUUCUAUGAAAUUUAUUCAUUCUAUUUCGUUAGCUAACCUCACCAACAUUCGGCAUUUAGACAUCUCCUAUAAUUUACUUCCACUUCCGGCAAAUAACGCCUGGCACGUACUUCCCAGACUCCAACAACUCGACAUUUCUGGGAACCCGAUUCUUAGUAUUUCUAAUGAUAGUUUCAUGUCACUGAAUCAACUGGAGGUUCUUCACAUGCAGAACCUCCCGGUCCAAAACUUCCAGCCUGGAGCUUUCGAGCCUCUGACUGUCCUGAAGACACUGGAAAUAGACACUUAUCCUCAGAUCCGAAGUUUCAAGAUAGCUAAAAUGUUGGAACAUAACUUUGGAUUACAACGACUUCAUCUCCAUGUUCAGGAGAACACGUUCAGAGACGUUUUUACAGUGAAACUACCGAAAAAGGUUAAAUAUGUUGCCCUCGAGGGAAAAAAACUCCAUCACGUAAGCAAGGAUUCAUUUCACCAUAUAGAAACAGGUCAACUGAAUAUACAGAUUAUUAAAACCAACAUCACCCAUCUACCCUCGGUGUUCUUCCAAGGCAUUAGAAAUGUAAAAAACAUCAGCUUAGAUCUCAGACACAACAGACUCCAGUUUGUGGGAAACGCUAUUUCUGAGGUGAAAAGACGGAACCUGGAGAAUCUGUUCCUCUCAGAUAACCAGUGGAUCUGUGACUGCAACAUCGCUUGGGCUCGAAGGAAUCGCUUUGCUCCAGCUGUUAACCUCCAUAACUCCAUCCAAGAUGCCACAGGAGUCCGAAUGUCUACACAGACAGUGCAUAGACGCCUUCUCAAAGCUCAUUUGAGAGCUACACGUCCUGCUAGUUAUGCUCCUUUAAGCCAACAAUACAGGCAGGCACGACUGCAUUGGCUAGAGAACACAGGAGGUGGAAUGUGCAACAAUGAAGGGCCGUACUCUUCACUGACGAGUCCCGCUAUUGUGUGGACUUUCUUGAAAGACGCAGGAGAGUUUGCAAAAAAGAUGCCGAGGAUGACAGUUGCUGUAGUUUUGAUGAUUGUUGCCACAUUCAUUAAUUCAAUUCAAAACCAAGAAACAUUGCAUUGUGAGGAUAUGAUUAGAAAUAUUCACCUACCUUGCAUUUGUUCCAUAAGUUUAGAAAAUGGAACUUCUGUUAACUGUGAUGAAAUUUUUUUCUUUGGAGACUUUCCAAUUCUUCCAUACCAUCAUCACAUUUACAGUUUUAGUCAGCGUCAUGCAGGCCUCCAGAAUCUAGAGGCUCAACUAUUUACAGCCAGUGAUAUUCCCCUUAAAAUUGUUGAUUUCUCUCAUAAUCUUCUCCGACGACUUACUGAAAGAGUGUUUGAUGGAAUCGAAGACACAGUAGAGGAAAUUCAUCUGAGUCAUAACCUGCUUGGAGAUCAACUUAAUCCAAUCUUUUCUACAGGCGAGCUUCAAGAACUACCUAAACUACGUGUGCUUGACCUGUCAGCUAAUCAGCUACGAGCUUUAGACUCUGAGAUCUUCAGGGGUUUGGAUAACUUGGAGGAACUCAAUCUUGGAGAAAACGAACUUACCACAGUUCCAACAUCUAGCCUUCAAGGGCUGCUGGCUCUGAAGAUAAUUGCUCUUCAAGAAAAUUUAAUAGAGCAAUUACCACAGCGAUCUUUUCCAAAUCUCCCUACUGUGAAAAUUCUGAAUCUUACAAGCAAUGAUAUUAGUUUUGUACAGGAUGGAGCAUUUGCCACACUUUCUGGUCUUGAAACUCUCCUUCUUGGAGGGAACAGGUUGAAUUUUUUACCUUCAGAUGCAUUUGCUAGGCUUGAUAACUUGCACAUGUUAGACCUGUCAAGUAACCAUUUUAAAUUUGUUCCUUUGAGACCUUUGACUAAAUUGGUGGGGUUAAAGAGACUUCUCCUACCUUCCAAUAACAUUCAUUCUCUAGAAGAAACACCUCUUGCUGACUUAAAUGCACUGGAAUAUUUCGAUUUGCGCAGGAAUGGGAUUAUUGGAAUUCCAAAAAACAUAUUUGUUGGUAUGUUGAAUAUGAAGGAAUUAUAUUUGGAUGUCAAUAUAAUAAGGACAUUAGGUGAAAAUACCUUUAUAGGACUAGAACAGUUAGAAACCUUAACUUUAAAUGACAACCAAAUUUUCACUUUCCCAAAUACAGCCACAAGUAGACUAGAAAACUUAAAAAAACUUAGUCUUGACUACAACAGAAUAGUUGUAAUAUCAUCAGACAUUUUAAAGACUUCUACUCACUUGGAAGAACUUUCCCUUGCUUUCAACUUGAUUAGAGAGAUUCCUGAUAACCUCUUUGAGAAUUUCAACAGACUUCAGUUAUUAAACUUACAUGGUAACAACAUAGAAUUAUUUAAUAACAACAAGAUACUUGGUCUUGAACAGAGUUUAUGGAUUCUUGAUAUAGGUUACAAUGAGAUAAAUCAACUUCCAAAAUUAAAUCUUCCAAAACUUUUCAUUUUCAAUCUUGCGAGAAAUAAAUUAUCAACAUUAAUACCAGAAACUUUUGAAAUGCUUCAAGAUUUAAGGUAUCUCAAUCUCAGCUUAAAUCAAAUAACUAAUAUUCCCAAGACUACUUUUCAAAAACUUUCCAAACUUGAAAACCUGGAUCUACACAAAAAUUUACUUCAAUCAAUUUCUCAAGAUCUGUUCAAGAAUCUUUCACUUAAGGUACUUGAUCUCAGCAAAAAUCAACUAAUAGAACUAGAACAAAAAUCUUUUCAAAAGUUGUCAAAGCUAGAGAAACUAGAUCUCAGCAUGAACAGACUAGCAAUGAUUAAAAAUGGAGCUUUUGAUGAGUUAGAUAGCUUAAAGUACUUAAAUCUCAGGGGCAAUAAUUUAGAAUCUUUUAAAGGAGAUAUUUUUACUACAAGAACAGAGUUAGAAAUUAUAAAUCUGAGUCACAACCAAAUCAUUUAUCUUUAUCCUAACUCCUUCAGUAUACAUCGUAGCCUCAAGAAAAUAAAUCUUAGCUUCAACAGACUUACUUUUUUUCCAAGUGAAACUUUGAAAUCUGUUCAGACUUUAGGUCACAUCAAUCUCCAGGGAAAUAAACUUCAAUCUUUGGAUCAUGCAGAUUUUGCUAAUAUGGUAAAUUUGAAGAUUCUUGAACUCCAAGAUAAUAAGAUAAAAGACAUUAAAGAAAAAGCCUUCCAGAAUUCAACCCAACUUCAUUGGAUUUACUUGCAAAAUAACCAGAUUUCAUCUUUACCUGAACUUCUCUUUAAGGGUAUAAGUCAUCUGAAUCUAGAUCUUAGCAACAACAGUCUCAGUGAAAUUUCUAUAGAAAUGUUUAACAGGUUAAAUGUCUUUACACUAGAAAGUAUUAAUUUGGCAAGAAACAAAUUUACACAAUUUCCAAACAUAGGUCUAAAACGACAGUAUUCAUUCCUUGAGAAUUUAAAUCUAUCACAUAAUGAAAUAAGGAACCUUCCUUCUAAUGACGAUGUGCUGGUAAAUAUAAAGAAUAUAGAUCUAUCUUUCAAUCCUUUGACAGUUGAUGCACACAAAGUACUUCUCAGUGAACCCAAGAGCAUAAGAGAACUCCACCUAGCUAAUGUAAGGUUAGAAGCUCUUCCUGUAUUAGAAAGUCCUUUUUUACGAAUCUUAAACGUUUCACAAAACAGAAUAACAAAACUCCAAGAUGAUGUUUUUCAAAAAUCAAACCACAUUUAUAGCUUAGAUCUAUCACAAAAUAAAAUUCCAAACCUGAGUGUAAGUUUUGAAAAUGUCUGGCCCAAAAUUUCAGGUUUACAGAAACUAGACCUCUCAAACAAUCCAAUUUUAUACAUUGUAAAGGGAGACUUUGAUUCUUUAUCAAAACUUAGACAUCUCGCAAUCAGUGAUUUAAAUGAACUCAGUCUUUUAGAAUGUGAGAGUUUAGAAAAGCUUCAUCUUUUAAAAAGUUUAAGAUUAUAUGGCUACCAAUCGUUAUCUACACUAGCCAGCACAGACUGUUUGCAAUAUGCACAUGGGCUUCAAAGUCUUGCAAUAGAGAUUACUGAACCCAAGCUUCAAACACAGUUACAAAAGGUUUAUAGUCCCAAGCUUCAAGAUUUGGAAGUUUGGGGUAGUCAAAUAAAGAGCAUAUCUUCAAGUGCAUUUGCUAGUAUUCGAAGUCCAAAGAUUGAGAUUAAACUUCAUGGAACCAGUAUAAAUUCUUUACCAGCAACUAUAUUUUUACCUCUUCCUUUGUCUACUCAUAUUACUCUGAAUGUGAAAGGUAAUAAAAUCAGCAGUUUAAGGCCACAAUUACUAAGAACUCUAGACAAUAAGCAGAGAGAUAUUUUACUGCUUGGCCUUAACUUUAACACUAUUAUGUGUGACUGUAAUGUUAAACCUCUCUGGCUCUGGAUUGUAGAAAAAGGCAAUGAAGAACAGGAGGAUUUCAGUGAGUUUUUUAACCUUGAAUGUUCAGAUCCUCCUCAACUGGCACAUCAAAAGCUACAGAGUCUCCAAAUGGAAGAUCUUGUUUGUGUAGAUCGCACAACCACAACUAUAUCUACAACUUCCUGGACAAGUACUCAGCAUUUUACAACUACUCCACAUCACACAUCUACCCCCCAAAAUCAUGAAAAUAACAUAAUAUUUCAACCUCAACAUACUACUACCCCACAGUCUAUGGGUGAAAUGUCUUCAGCUACUAGCAGUAAAAGUGCACUUACUAAAGUGGACACUAUGAUUAUUGCUAUUGUGGCUGGAGUGGUAGCCUUUGUAUGCUUAGUGAUCAUAAUAAUAUGUAUAAUCCGAUUACGUAGAGCAAAGCCUCAUUUUACUGCAGGACCUUUAGCAGGUCCUUUGGCAUUGCGGGCCCAAGGAAAAUGUACAUGCCUCAAACCUCCACCUAACUCAUGUACCUGCUUUCCUCCUUAUCCUAUCCCACUCCCAUAUCCUCCCCCAGGCCUUCAUCUUGGACCUCAAAUGCAACCAACACAUUUGCCCAUGCCACCCCAAUGCAUUUCUGGCAAUACACUCGGAAGGCCAGCACCAUUCAAGACCCAACCAUAUUAUGUGACAUAUCCUGAAAGUGAGAAUGAAAACAGGUAAUGGAUGAAACAGCACCUGAUAAAAAUUGUAAAAUAAACUUAUUCAAUUUCAACUCAUACAGUGGUUUUCUUUAAAAAGUGGUAGAAAACUCCUGGGAAAUUCUGACAAUACGACUCAAGUUGGGUAAUUUAUUUACUAUUGAUACAAUGGAAUAUGUACUGGAAUUGAGUCAAUAUUUCCAAAAUAUGAUAUAUUCAUAAAUACAGAGAUGAGAAAAUGUUGAGGUAAAAGAACAAUGUGACUCAAGUUGGAUAAUUCACUAUUGUUAUAACUAAAUCUGUACUGAAAUUGAGUAGGUACUUCUACAUCAUGAUUUACUGAUAAAUGCAGAGAUGAGAAAAUAUUAGGCAAAUAAUGCUUUCUAUCUUCCCAAAUCUCAGUCGAAUAACAAGACAAAAAAGGACUGCUUAUGGUUUUUAAUGAAAAUAUUUACUCUAGUAUGAAACUUUGUAUUCAUUAACUAGAAUCUUAGUUCAAAUGUGUUACAGAAAAAUGUCUUGUAUUCUUGUGUUGUUUUCCUUUAGAUCACAAUCUAUUGAUAACAGAAAAAAAAAGUAGAUAAUUUUUACUUUUUUGUAAGCAUUUAAAAAACUGGUGAAAAAUGUUAUCAAUGAGAUUCGUAAUUU